GCUUGACGCAAUAAUGAAUGUAUUCAUUUCGGCCACAAUUAUAUUAAUAUUAAUUGCCAUCACAACCGUAGGCGCAGAGAACACAGAUCAAUCAUUGGCAGACGAUAGUUUCCCUGAUCAAUGUGUCUACAAAGGUAUACCACUAGAUCCUGAUGACAUUUACUAUCCAGCAGAUGAAUGUGCAAGUGUAAGUUGUUUGGAUUCAGAUGGACUUGCCACAAUAUCAAGAUGUGAACCAAUCGAGAAGGCAGAUGAUUGUGAAAUAUCGCCUAAUAUCGAUUCCGGCCCAGAAAUGGAUUUCCCUUACUGUUGCGAAAUUUGUUAAUAGUUGUUGUAUUUAUAAGU